GAGAAACUGAAUGAACGACCACCCUUCCCGGUCUCAUUAGCAUUGAGCCAGGGCAGCAAGUCAUGUCAUACACUGUCGAUCGCUCCAAGAAGCAAGCGGUGGGCGGUGUAUGUUCCGAGAAGUCGAGCUGGACACGGGAGCCGGGCUUCAUCCCCUGCCGAGGAAGCCUGCUUGCCUGCCUGCCUUCGUGCCUGGGUCCAAGCCGCCCGCCCACCACUUGGCACAGCCAGCAUCCCUGGUCCCUGAGGCGGGCGGGCGGAGGAGCGCUCUGAGCUGGACUCUCUUCGGGAGCCGGGCUUGGGCUGGAGAGACAUCUCCGCACCUCCUGCCAAACCCAGGGCUGGAAAGGCGUCCGCGGGGGAGGCAAACUUUCCCGCCUGUUGCCUCUGCUUCCGAGGACGGGGCCGGUUCACUAAGAUAAAGACAAAGAAACCAACAGACAACCAGACCUGAAAUGUCCGUAGUUCGACUCUUCUUCUUCUGUCUUUAGGCAAAAGAUGUGUGUGAAUGAGAGAGAGACAGACAAGAAUUCCACACAGGUUCAAUCUGUUCUAGGACUGGUCUUGGGCGGAAUCUCAUUGACUACAGUUGUCAUGAAUAUUUUGGUCCUGUAUGCAGUGAAAACUGAAAAGAAAUUGCAGACAGUUGGCAAUCUUUAUAUUGUGAGUCUUGCGUGUGCAGAUGUUAUAGUUGGUGCAGCUGUCAUGCCACUGAACAUUGUGUACCUGUUGAAGGAUAAGUGGGUACUGGCAAGGGAAGCUUGCCUGUUUUGGCUGUCAAUGGAUUAUGUGGCCAGUACAGCCUCCAUAUUUAGUCUCUUUGUCCUCUGCAUCGAUCGCUACCAUUCUGUCCAACAGCCAUUACAAUACCUCAAGUACAGGACCAAGACUAGAGCCUCUGUCAUGAUCUCCAUUGCUUGGCUUCUCUCUUUCAUGUGGGUUAUCCCAAUUCUUGGUUGGCACAAAUUUACACAUGACAACAGCACAAUCAGUAGGACCAAUAAUGAAACGAUAUGUGAAACAGAUUUUUGCAAAGUCACAUGGUUUAAAGUCCUGACAGCCAUGAUAAAUUUUUAUGUCCCAUCAGCGCUGAUGUUGUGGUUCUAUGCAAAAAUAUACACAACUGUGCGGAGGCAUUGUCAGCAGCGAGAGUUCGUCAAUGGGUUGUUUCGAUCUGCAUCAGACAGAACAGUUGUACACAAUGGAAAACUGCAAGAAAUACAACAGACCUAUCCCCAAAGUCUAAAUAAAGAGGUAGACUGUGUUAUGAAAGGAAAUAAUCCAAAUAAAAGGAUGGAAGAUCAGUAUCCACUGAGUAAAUUUAUUAAAAUUCCAAAUGGUUUUCAAAGAGGAGGUGACCAGGAAGUAGGAGUAGUGAAACUCAGCUGUUUUCCUCAAACCAUAGCACAGGAUGACAUGAGCAUAGGUAGGACAGAUAGCAAGUAUGCAUAUGUCAAUGACCACAUUCAAAACACAGAGUCCCAUUGCCCCCAAGAUUAUGAGUUCAGCAAAGUAUCUGAGGAGCUCACUUUUGCAGACAGAUAUUCCUCUCGAAAGAACUCUAAUUCCACUCAAGAGCAAGAUUGUUCCUUGGGGAAUUGCUUUUCCCAGCAUACAAAUAAAAAAGACAGUACAAGUCUCCAGUAUUUGAAGAAGCCAUGGAGAAGGCUGCGCACUCAUUCCAUUAGCAGCCAAGGGCUGCAUGGAAACAAAGAGAGGAAGGCAGCCAAACAACUAGGUGUAAUAAUGGUAACUUUUAUGCUGUGUUGGUUUCCGUAUUUUGUGUUAUUCUUGGUUAUGGCCUAUUGUGGAAACUGUUACAAUCGCACAGUUCACAUGUUUACCAUUUGGCUUGGAUACUUGAAUUCGACAUUAAAUCCCAUUAUAUAUCCUCUCUGCAAUGAGAACUUCAAAAAAGCUUUCAAAAAGAUUUUUCAUAUUAAAUUCUAAUUUGUCUUGGAGAAUAUUUACCGAGGGGAGGUGAUAAGCAGCAUUUUUAUAUGAAAAAGUAAAACUUGACUUUCAAGGAUUGUAGAGGAAAAGUACAAUUGGAACGGAUGAUUUCUGAAGACAGUAAGUGCAAAAUUGAAAAGUAAGAAGGAAGCACUUUCUUUCUCAAUCGUGACACCCCCCCCCCCCAAAUACACAAGAAUUGAUACCAAGGCCCAAAUCUAAUGCUAUGUUGGGAGCAGUGUUGAGAUUUUUGUCCCUUUUUCCUUGCAGCUGUUGGAGCUGCAUAAGUAUUCAUUCUGGGAGAAUUGCAGCCCUCUGAAAUAGGUUUGUGUCCUGCUGAGAAACCACAACUAAGUGAAGUGAUUGCAAACACCACUUCACACAUAAGCAAAAGUCCUGCAUUGAUAACCUUGUAAUACUGAAUUUAUUUAUAAACUUUCAAACUCAGCACAUGUGAAAACAUGCUAUAAGAUCCUGCAUCCUUUAGACCUCCAAACUGGAGAACAUUAGAAGUUCAAUUGUGUUUACUUUGCAGGCCAGAACUCAGUUCUGUCUGUUUCAGCCUGCCUCUACAAUAGGUAUAUCCCAAUCUUUUCUCAGAUUCAAUCCAUUCAAAAUUGAUUCUGGUAUUUCCUGUCUAUGCUGAAAUUACCCAGGAAUUUUGAUUAUUAACCAAUAAUCUGUCUGAUAAAAGGUAUGACCAAGGCUAGCUAGUAGGUAUGGCACGCAUUCAUAGCAAUGUGCUUGGUUUGAAUUGGAGCUGAUUAUUAUUUUGUUUUUUAAAGAAAAUUUGUAUAAAAAAACACAGAUUCUGACUCACGUAAACAUACGUAAAUCUAAUUGUUUUUUGAAAGGGCACAUUCCAGACAUCUGACUAAACUUACAAAGGAAUGCACAAUAGGUUUUCUCCACCUCGGGAUAUGUUUCAUGAGAUACAAUGAAACUGGACAGAAAACACAAGGCCAACUCUUUCCUCUUGUCUCAGACACCGUGGUCUGAGUAUUUUGCAAAACACAAGCAUAAGUUUUAGUGGGGUCCUGCUGUCGAUGAUCCUGCUUUGGCCAUAUGUGCCUGCCAGCCACUAGCAAGGUAAGCAGUGGCUGCCUCUGCCAUUCUCUUGCUGUUAGGGGCUUUCGACAGAACAGGAAUUUUUGAAUGUCAAAUCCAUCUGUUUAUUUUUCUCAUCUAAACCCUCACAUUUGAUCUUACUAUCCUUUGAAAUGCAUAAGUAGACCAUGAAAUCCUAAUAAUUCCUUAUGGGUCCUUGGUUAUGUAAAGACUUCCCAUUCUAAGUCUUGUCUGUCUUCUGAUCCCUCUCUAACCUACAGCCAUGCUUUGCUCCUUCAUCGAAAGUUGGGGAGUUAAGAAUGAAGAUUUUAUCUAAUUGUUUCAUUAAUCAGCUAGAAUGUAAUAUGCAUAUGUACAGUAUAUAAAAAAUCAUUUGUAAACUUUUAAGUUUGUAACCUACAACUCCCUGACUUGUUUGUUUAGGGAGUCACAAGAGAACUCAGGAAAGCAAUACAGAGAAAUUGAGGCAUAUUUUGCUACUUUGUUAAACAAAGGUAAUUCCUAACAGUUUUAAUUUUCAUACUUUUCCCAAAAAGAGCAAACAUCCUGGGAAACACUAUUUCCAAAUAGCCCCUAAGAUCUCUUGCUCAGUAUGUCUGAAUAAAGAGAAAGGAGAGCAAGAAGCAUGCCUUGCCAACUCCCUCCAGCAUCUUAAAGAAGCUUAGCGUUACUUGACUAUCAAGAAAAGUGCUGCAUCCUUGGAUACAUUUUGGAAACUUUCAAGUGGUUUCUAUGAGGUUCAAAUUAUUUUUGUUUAGUUUUGUAAAUGACUUACUGGCCUGGUUAUCAUCUCACGUGUAUACUGUUAAUUGUGGAUAAAUUAUUUGCUGGAAAAAAAAUGGAGCUGUUCUUUUUUUUUUGUGAACAUGUUCCUAUUUUUCCAUGUUAUUUCAACCUUUGGUAAAACCAUUUCUGUUGAAGAAGCAAUGCCCAGAAACAUGUCAACUGUGGUAUACCUGUCCUCAGAACAUCAUUUCUGAAUGAAAGGGAGGGUUGUUCUUGCUUUUAAAAUCUAUUUUAAGUGUGAUCAGUUUUACUGAAGUGUUGUUACUAAUUUUAAAAAUGUAUUUUCAGAAAUUUUGAACAUUUCUAGAAACUACAUAGAUUUACAUACCUGAUGUACUGCUGAAAUAUGUUUAGGUUUUGUAAUGAUAUUAAAUGUACUAAUGAGGAAAAAGUUUCAUUCAUUUUUUUUUUGGCUACAGAGGUAUUCCCACAACCACAUUUAAACUCCCUAAACCAAGUGAAGAUGGAGAUAUAAAGAUGAAGAUGCCUUUGGAAAUACCUGUUAAUGCAUAGUUAUAUAAAACCAUUGAAAAUAUCUUAAGUUAUUAAAAAACUAUGUAAGUGAUUUGUUUGCAUUACAACAAUCUAACAUUAAUUUUCCUCCACCAACUAAUAGAUGAUAUUACUCAAUUAGGCUUCCCUUGUGCUUUUUAUCUAGUACACAAACAUACAGUCUAUCUUGCUGAGCUAUCUCUUCAUCUACACUUCAUCUUCAGACUCUUGUCUACUGAUUUUAAUAUCAAGUCAUCUCCCCCUUCCCCUGCUUUUAUAACAUGUUAUUUGAAGAAGAGACCCAGAAAUUCUAGAAACACAUCCUAAUGCAUUUUCUAUUUUCCCCCUCAUGAAUCAAUAUGACUCAUUUUGUUUUAGAGGAUCCGAGAAAAGCAAGGAAGGAAGGAUAUAUACGGAUAAUGUGUUAGUAGUAGGUUAAAUAAUCAUUGUGAGGAAUCGGAGAAAUAUCCAGAAACCAUAUAUCAGGAACUUGUAUAAUAAUGUAUAUGGAAUGGAAUGGAAUGGAAUGUACAUUAGGUUUUCAUACAGCUGGCUAAUGACUAUGACUAAUUAACCCACUUUUGGGAAGAAUGGAGAAAUUUAUUUAACUGGAAUGAUAAUGAGGAAAUAUGGAAUAUUGUAAAAAUGUUUGUUUGCGUGAUUUGUCUUUUGUACAGUUGACAUAUAAAUGUGAGAUUGUAUAUACAUAGACCACUGUUUUACUGUUGCACUUAAUAAAAAGAAAUUAUAAGAGUAAUUA